UGCUAGAACGUUCCUGCGUUCCUUUCUUCUUCUCCUUUUUCCUCCCCCCUUCCGCUUCUGUGACGUCACGCGAUGUCCCGCCUCUUCCGCGCCGGUAGUUCUCUUCUACAGCCGUGCGUAGAAGUCGGCGCUCGGACCAGAGGCGGCUGGGGCGCUUCGCGGCAGCCGAGCUUCUCGUCGCGGGGACCCGGAGACCAAGGCUUGAACAGCAGCCGCCGCCUCCUCCUCCGCGUUCCGUCCCGCGGCUGCCUUAGAUCCGUCGCCAUGAAGAACUUGCCGUACUUCUGUCGCGGAGAGGUGGUGCGAGGCUUCGGGCGGGGCUCCAAGGAGCUGGGCAUCCGCACAGCUAACUUUUCCGAAGAAGUGGUUGAUAGUUUCCCAUCUGAUAUCUCUACUGGCAUAUACUAUGGAUGGGGUUGUGUUGGAACUGGAGAUGUGCAUAAAGUGGUCUUGAGUAUAGGCUGGAAUCCAUAUUACAAGAAUGUUAAGAAAUCAGUGAUGCACUUAUAGCUGCUAUUCAACAUGACAUUGAUGAAGCUAAAAAUCUACUUGAUUUGCCAGAACACCAGAAGUUUAAAGAUGACAACUUCUUUCACAGAGCAAAUGUCAACAGUAUGACUAAUGGUCAUUAAAUAUUUCCCUUUCUUUAUUUUCACUGCAGUUAUUUAAAUUGAACUGCUCUUAGCCGGUUUCUUUUUAAUAGAGAAGGCUGCUCUGCUCUUUAGGAUUGUUAUUCGGUUAGCAUUACAUUAAAAUGGUUAGUGAUUCUCUAAAAGUAACACUAUUUUUGUUUUUUCAAAAAAAGGGGGCAAUGUAACUUGACAAAUAGAAAGUGCAAUCUGUCACAUGUUGUUGGUGGUGUCUAACUGCAGACAAAAGUUUGUUUCCUAAAUGUUUCUAAAUAUUUCUAAUGAUUGCUAUUUAUUUAAUUAAUAAUGCCCAUCCUGGAUAUUUUUAUAGUGAAAGAUUUCCAAUGGAAAAGUAAAAAUGGUAUCAGUAAUUUUACUGCCUGAAUUGUUGUCCUAGGGGGUUUUAAUUGUUCAUUUGAAACAUUAGCUGGAUUCAUUUGAAGCCUUUUUAAUCCCUUUAAACUAGGAUUUAAGCCCUCUGUGAAUGAAUUAUGCUAUUAAUUUCAGUGGGAAUGAAAGCAUAACUUAAUUUUUUCUGCCUUCAAUUGAGAAUUCCUAGAUAUUUAUAGAGCUUAUUUAUUUCACUAUUUUAUAGUACAGAAUAGAAUGGAAAGCCUUGAUCUUAAGAGAGGCAUCUGAACCUGGAACGUAACAAACCUUUAUUUUUGCAAAAUCUCCUUUACUUUUGAUGCAACUUUGUUGUUACAAAGCAGCCUUUCAUUUGAUUAAAUGCUCCUUUAAUUUACUUGGGAAAAACUGUGAUGAAUUUGGGUCUUUGUGUAUAUGUCCAGGUAGGCUUGAUUGAGAAACAUGAUUGGGACCAGAAUAAGUCAUUGAGCAGAGUGGUUGUCAAGUGAUAUAUCAUAUGACUGCUUCAUUUAACCACUGUAAUUGUAGCAUUCCCAGUCAUGGUCAUUAAGCGAUCUCAUGGGUGGUUAGGUGGACUGAGUCACAAGGAGCAUGGGGGUAUCUCGGGGUAACAGAGGCCCUAGGAGGCUUUGAACAGGCAAUGGAUGAAUUGGCUGAUGCUGCAGGGCAAUGCAUAGCCAGAGGUAGAAGCUGUAGUCAACAUUGGAAGACACAACUGUUAAAUGCUUGCAAAGUUGCAAGACAGCCACCCCUCAUACACGAACGGCUGAAUACACAGUGGUGUACAAAGCAGUCAACCUGUGGAAAGUGCCCAUUAGAGGGAGCUAGGUUGGUAGUUGGAGUUGCAAUGCCCCUGCAGUCAUAAGUACCGAUAAGUUGUCAGGUGUCCACAAGGACAGUGCAAUACCUGUAACUUCAGGCACAGGUCACAAGUCCCUUUAUUCAGUGCUAUUGUAAUUUCGAAUGGUUGCUGAACAAAUGGUUGUAGGUCGGGGACUACCUGUAUGUAUAUGUUAUAUAUCUGUAUGCACACAUACACAUAUAUGUAUCUACAGUCAAUUCUUGUUAUUCACAGAAGUUACAUUCUAAAAGUAAUAAAUGCUGAUUUACUAAAUAUUGAGCUAUUGCUCUAUUCCCCAAAAGCAAAGUACUUUUAUAGUAUGGGAGUUGAAAUAAAAAGGCAAAGUAUCACUUUAUCAGCCUCAGUGGGAACAUGCAUGUCAGCUGACACACAUUUUUCACUGCUCUGAGCCUCUCUCCAAAUGAUUGCAAAACUGCAUUUGACAUUACAUACACAUUUCAAUGUGUAGGUGAAAUUGUAAAUACGAAAUCCGCAAAUAAUGAGAAUAAACUGUGCACAUAUAUGUAUUUGUGUCUGUAUGCAUGGCUUAUCAGCUGCUAUAAAAUGUAUAUGUCUAUAUGCAGAUAUGUGCGUUAGGCUGUAACUAGCAUUCCUAACGUUUCUAUCGUUGCAGCUUUCAUAGCAUCUCUGUCAAUAUAGGGAUUUUUUUGUCCGAGGACAUUUAUAUGCUCGGAAAAACAAAACACCAAAAGCUUAUUACCAAAUUAUGUUUCUUUCUGCUUAUAUUUUUCAUUUUGAUACAUGUUUGUAUGUAAAUGCAACAAAAAUUCUUUAAUUAAAUGUUAUUUGGAUUGGUAAAUAUGAUAAUUACAUGUGCAUUUAAUCGAAAAGUCUAGUCUGGAAAUGUGUACACUAUGUUAUG